AUGAAGUUCUCUCGCCAUUCUUCGGACCUCGCCAGUCUUAUGCGAAACCAUAAGAAGCUCAAACCCAAUCAUUUCAUCAACAAUAUCCCUGUCGACGUACUUGAAGUCAUGGCCGACCACCUCCCCCUCGAGAGCCUGCUCGCCCUGACACAGACCUGCAAGGGCUUACACGCCGCCCUGCACCACCGUCUCCAGUCCACGGCCCAGAAAACUUCCAGGGAGGAGCUCCUCGAAUGCCUGUUCAAGGUUGUCCGCCGUCGCCCCGACGCCUGGGUCUGCCAAGAGUGCGUCAAGCUCCACCGCGCGAAUAACAACGACACGCCGCACCACGCCGCACCGUCCUGUCCCCAUACUCGCUACAUUCCCCUGCACUGCGGCCCGCGCUCCGACACCUACGAGCUGCACCACCACCACGUGCAGCUAAGCAUCCGCCUCAACCGCCUGCGCCAACCGACGCCGAUGCAGCGGGAAUACCUGGCGCGGCUGCUGCAGCAGCACACGAGCACCGGAUUUCGCAUGAACCCCAACAAUGGCUUCCCCAACCAACUGGACGUCAGCUUUACCCUGACGCCCAGGAUUAUCGAGGGUCGGUACCUGCGCAAGAGCACGUGGACAUUUUCGGUCCUCAAGGACGGCCCAAACGCCGUCACCGAGGAUCGGAUCGGUGCCGUCGCGCUGUGCUGCCACCUUGUGACGGCGCCGAUCUCCCACAGCAAUGAUGGCAGCGUCGUGCGCUCGCCGCAGCUGUCGGCGCUGCAGCACGGCCUGUCGAACGCCCUGGAGGGCGGCUACCAGUGCUUUGGGCAGUGCUACUUUUGCGCCGUCGACUUCCUCAUCACGCCCGGCCGCGAGAACCGCACGCUCAUGAUUGAGGCGUGGCAGGAUCUCGGCGGCGAAAACAACGGCAGCCCCGGCGACGAAACCUACUGGCGCGCGGCGGCGUGGGAUCGGAACGAGAUGCCAAUUGCUCACCACAUGCGCAGGACACGGCUGAUCAAGCGCGCGGGCGGCACGGUUCGACGCAGCUACGGCGAGUCGCGCUAUUUCAUGACCAAAGGCCUGGUGCGAUGGAAGAAUCUCGCAAUCCACAAUUACAUGGCCGACUCGUUAUUUUAUCACCCGCUCAUGGUGUGA